GGGUGGUAUUUCCUAGUAUAGGAUGGGUGUGUCUUUAAUAAUAACCAGAAGGGCUGUGGUUAGCUAGACAAAAAGAGCUGCAGCCACAGGUGAAGGCAGCUAUAAAGAACAUCAGGCUACAGGACCUCACGUCCAUGGAGGGAAAAUCUCUGCCCAUGCCGGGGGAAUCAGCACACUGGGACCAAAAGCUGCCCCAGGAUGGCCCCUGGAAGUUUUUCUGCCUGACAAUAACCCUGAUGUUGCUUCUGCUAGUCCUCAUCCUUGGUGUGGUUCUGGCUGAGGUACUGCAGUUCUUCAACCAGAUGCAGGAAGAACUCAAGCAACUGGACAUCAAAUUUGUGCAGGGUCUGGCAGAUGCUCGGCACAAACGGGACAUGAUGUGGGGAGAGGUGUUCCGGCAAAUGGAGGCUCUGCGGGCAGGCAACGAAUCAUCCUGUGAGCCCUGCCCGGAAAACUGGAUGGCAUUUCAGGGCUCCUGCUAUUUAUUUUCCACACAGUCACAGGACUGGUUUGAAGCCAAGGAUCACUGUGCUAAGAAGGAUGCUCACUUGGUCAUCAUCAAUAGCCAAGCAGAGCAGAAAUUCCUAAGGUCAGAGGAAAAUACUGUCUACUGGAUUGGCCUUAAGAAACAGUAUCCAAAGGGCAUUUACAAGUGGCAAGAUGGCUCAGCACCCACCUUUAUCAACUGGCCUGAUACCACAUCUUCUGACAAUGACUGUGUCUUCAUGAGGAAGUCUGGCUCCUGGUUCUCAGGGAUGUGCCAGGAGUCUUGGUAUUACUCGAUCUGUGAGAAGCCACAGGUCUGCUGAGACUAAUCCUUUUACUCUGCCUGCAAUCUUGCGAAAGGUUGUCUUGAUAUUUGACCUCAUAACAAUUCCCCAACUUCUCUGCAGAAAAAGGGGUUUUCUGAAAACUCCAGUCCUCUUGGGAGCAUCUUUCGCCUUUCUUGCCCUGACUUCUAAAUGCUGUUGAGGAACAUGAAAAAUGACGCCAGGAUGGAACAAUGAGCAGAAUAUACUGUGUAGGACUUUCUACAAGACAAAUAAUCUAGUUUUUAAAAAAUUGACAUAAAUAAAGGCAAAUGUAGUAUUGUUAGAAAAUAAAAGAGCCUUAACGACUGA